GGGAUCGAGAUGCAAAUUUGAGCAAAUAUCCGUUUCUGGUGUAAACAAAAAAUGAUUGUGACUAGCGAAAUAACACACAUGUUUCUCUUUGAUUUAUUAUGGGAGGAACUUGCAGUGGAGUUUCAACAAUAAAUGACUUACCAAAGAAAAUACUUAUAAUAGGAAAUAGUGGAGCAGGCAAGACCCAUUUACUGUACAGCUGGUUACUUGGCAGAAAUGACCUUGACACAAUUCCAACAGAUAGUUUCAAUGUGGAGAGAGUCUCAUCAGACAGCGUGUACAUGAUGUGGGAUCUGUGCGGCCGGGAGGACUUCCGACUGAAAAGACGACAGUUUUUCCAUGGCACCGAUGGUGUUGUUUACAUCAUUGACCCAUUGUCAGACAAGGAUGAUGUUGUUAAUGACCUGACCAUGGUUUCCACGGACAGAGAUUUAAAUCAACUUCCAUUCUUGGUUCUUAUCAAUAAAAAAGAUGAGAUGACAACAGACUUGAGGCUUACAGUAGAGGACGCAUUAGGAAGUCACGCAGGGUUAAUACAUGUGAUGGAUGUGAAUGUUAUGAACAUGGAGUCUGUCAGUUCUACUCUGCGUCAGCUUAACAAAAUGUUCACGUCUUGACAAAAUAUUCACAUUUAAUAACAAAAUAUUCACACAUUGACAAAAUAUUCCCAUUCUUGAUGGAAUAUACACAAUAACAGAAUAUUCACACACUGAUGAAAUGUUUAGAACGAUUAGUAACAGUACAUAAUAUUCACACAUUAACAGCAUAAUGUUAUUAGAAUGAUGAGUAAGAGAAUAUUUACAUCUGAACAUAAUAUCCACACAUUGAUAGACUGUUAUUAGAAUGAUCAAUAACAAUAUUCCCAGACUGUUAAAAAUAAACUGGUCAUGAAUCAAAAAAGAAUACUUCAGUUCCCCACCCCAAAGUAAAACAAAAAACAUAAUAAACCUCUCUUUGCACAAUAUAUACCGGUGCCAGUAAUAAAAAAUUGCCAUUACCUGUCUUUGGUGUAAAGCUUUGUCCGCUACGCAUUUCAUUUGUUGUGAUACAUUGCGAUAUUUAUAUCGAAACCAUAUUGUGAUAUGUGAACCAUUAUAUCAGUACCAUUGUACAUGUAUCUGAAUUUCAAUUGUUAUUGAAACAUUGUGAUAUCUGAACCAAUAAUUGUGGUAUCUGAGACAUUGUGAUAUCUGGAACAUUAACGUAGUUCCACACUCCUGUGAUGUCAUAAGAUUUUGCAAAGUCAAUGAUUUAAUGACUGGAAUAUAAAUUCUGCUGGAUUCUUUUUCAAUAGUGAUUGUAAAAAAUCUUGUUAGCCAUAAAAUAUUUCAAAAGUCUUAGUUAUAUUUGAAUAAUCAAUGAUAUGUUUCAAAAUAUUAAAUCCAAAGACUCUGUUUUCAUUAAAUUAUUUUUCAAGUCCAUUAUGCGAUAGAUUUCCUUUAUUUUUCACAAACAUUUUACCAAAGUGAUAAGGAAUCAUUAUCUGUGUCUUUUCAUGAAAUUAUAUAAAAUUUUAAUCCACGAGUGAAUUUGAAUAGCUCAACUGUAUGAUGCCAGGCUUCGUUUUUUUAUACGCCCGUCUUUAGACGGGACGUAUUAUGGUAAAACGAUGUCUGUACGUCCGUCUGUUCGGGGUUUUCUCUUUAUAAUUUCAUUUCCCUUUCACAUAUCAUGCUGAAACUUGCUGUGUAGCUUCUUUGUGGGUCACUCUAGAUCAUACUGCAAAUUUGAUCAAUUUCGGCCUUUUUUCCAAGGAGUUUUGCCCCUUUAUUUGGAAAUAAUUAUUAUAUGGAGGGUACAUAAUUUGUCCACCCUACUCCUCCCAGUUUUCAAGUGAGAGCCUUCUUAUUUUGUGGAGUGUUUGUAUGGGUAUUGAAUAUGUGCAUGUGGGAUGGAUUUUGAUUUUCUACAAUUUUUGAGAAAAUUACAGGUUGUUGAACUUGGUCUAUUUGGAAAUUAAUAUUCUAUGGAGGGUACUUAAUUUGCCCGCCCUACUCCUCCCACAGUUUUCAAGUGAGGACCUUCUUAUUUUGUGAAGUGUUUGUAUGGAUAUUGAAGAUGUGCACGUGGGAUGGAUUUUGAUUUUCUACAAUUUUUGAGAAAAUUACAGGUUGUUGAACUUAGUCUAUUUGGAAAUUAAUUUUCUAUGGAGGGUACAUAAUUUGUCUGCCCAACUCCUCCCACAGUUUUUAAGUGAGGACCUUCUUAUUUUGUGGAGUGUUUGUAUAGGUACUGAAGAUGUGCAUGUGGGAUGGAUUUUGAUUUUCUUCCUUUUUUGAAAAAAUUACAGGUUGUUGAACUUAGUCCAUUUUGAGGAAAUCUCGAUUUUUAAGCUAAGACCCUUUGUUCAUAUGAAAGUUUGUCACAACCUCAUGAUGGCUGAUACUACCUGAAGCAAAAUUAUACAAAUUAUAGCACAAGAAAAACACCCUAUGUAAGCAUUUCACGGGCGUAUUAUGUACCGUUUGCGGUACUCUUGUUUUCUGGGGGUAUACAUACUCUGGAAGGUAUAGAUUUGAAAUUAUUAAGGAAAGGUAUGGAUUUUUUUUCGUAAAUAACUAUAACAGAUGUACAUCUACUAAAAUAAACCGAAAAAAUAAUGUGCAAUCCAUGCUAUAAGGAAAUUAUGUCCACAUUUGUUUGUUUUUUAACAUUUUGGAGAAUAACUGAUAAAUAAAUGCAAUUUAAAAAAUA